UCGUUCGGAUACACAAACAAGAUAACAUGAAGAUAUUUCAGGCUAUUUUCGUAGCUUCGUUGGUUCUUGGAGUUCUAUCAGAAGAACCAUCCAAGAAAGAGAAACGAGGUAUUCUCCAUGGAUCCGGCGGAUACAAUUCAAUCGGUGGAGGAUAUAGCUCUAUAGGUUCAUCUUAUGGAGGAUACUCUUCAGGUGGGGGAGGAUAUGCAGUUGGAGGUGGAGCAGGAAUUGGUCUCGCAGCUGGAAGACUUGGAGCUGGUGGACUUGGAGCUGGUGGACUUGGAGCUGGUGGACUUGGAGCUGGUGGACUUGGAGCUGGUGGACUUGGCGCUGGUGGAUUUGGUGGUGGUUUAGGAGGAGGUGGUGGAAUUACCCAAAACACUCAAUCAGUAAGCACCGUAAACCAAGCAAUCCCACUUCCGGUCCAAGUGCCAGUUCCAGUCACAGUUAAUCGAGCGGUCGCAGUUCCAGUCCCUGUUCAAGUGCCAGUUUCCGUUCCAAGAGCCGUUCCUGUUGUGGUUCCUCAACCCGUUCCAGUAACAGUAACCAGAACAGUGCCAUACGUCGUCGCAAGACCAGUUCCAGUGCCAGUACAAAGACCAGUCGCAGUUCCAGUACCACAAGCAGUACCAGUUUCGGUACCUCAACCCGUUCCAGUCGUUGUUCCACAACCUGUUCCAGUUAGAAUUAGUACUCCAGUAGUCGUUGCUCAACCAGUUGCUGUCGCAGCGGGUCCAGCUAUUGGAGGCUUUGGAAUUGGAGGAGGAUUCGGAGGAAUUGGAGGAGGAAUUGGUGGAAUUGGUUUAGGAGGUGGAUAUAGUGUUGGAGGAGGUGGUUAUGGAGGAGGAUAUGUUGGUGGAUUCGGAGGAGGAUAUGGUGGCCAUGGUGGAGGAGGUUAUGCUAUUUCUUCUGGAAUUGGUUUGGGAAAAUACGGAGGGAUUGCCAAAGCUUGGUAAAAAAUGUCUGAGAUAUUAAUGAUUAAUGAUCUUUUUAAUGAUGGGAGAUGUAGAUAUAGUGAUUUAGAUCGUAACAUCUUUUUAUUGUAAAUAAUUUUGUAUUUUUAUUGUAUAAAAUAAAAUAUUUAAUGUUA